AUGAGAUUGCAAUCAGGCGACACACUUUACAAUACCAGCUAUGCCAUCCGAACCCCAACAUACGACGGACCCAUAAACGACGUAACAACCGAAUAUGUCGCCUGUAACGGUGGACCCAACCCCACCACCCCCUCCUCAAACAUCAUAAAUGUCGUUGCCGGCAGCACCGUAAACGCCAUCUGGCGCCACACACUCGACAGCACACCCGCAAACGACGCAACGUAUGUCCUCGACCCAUCUCACCUUGGCCCCGUCAUGGCCUACAUGAAAAAAGUCUCCGACGCAACCACCGACGUGGGCUACGGCUCCGGCUGGUUCAAAAUCUCCGAGCAAGGUCUCAACGUCGCCACCCAAAAAUGGGCAACCACAGAUCUCAUCAACAACGCAGGCGUACAACCUAUCACUAUCCCAAGUUGCAUAGCCAACGGCCAAUAUCUACUCCGCGCAGAAUUGAUCGCGCUUCACUCUGCAGGAGGAAGCCUAGGCGCACAAUUGUACAUGGAAUGCGCACAAAUCAACGUCUCUGGCGGAACCGGAACCGCAUCUCCAAGCACCGUUUCCUUCCCCGGUGCAUAUGGACAGAGUGAUCCCGGAAUCCUGAUUAAUAUCUAUCAAACACUUACCACGUACACGAUUCCGGGACCGACGCCAUUUGUCUGUGGUGCUGCGCAGAGUACUGCGAAGAGUUCGUCUACCUCUACUUCUGUUGCAACUUCGACUGCGAAAUUGACGCUGAGUACGAGCACGGUUUCGAAGACGAGUAGUAGUGCGGUGGCGGCGGGGACGGGAAUCGCGGCCAUUUAUGCGCAGUGUGGGGGGCAGGGGUGGACGGGUGCGACGGCAUGUGCGAGUGGGAGUAAGUGUGUUGUUAGUAGUGGCUUUUAUAGUCAAUGUUUGCCUUCGUGA